AUGACGAAACCCACCGCUGGCUUCCAGACGCUGCGCCCUUCCUCCCUUCGCUCCUCCUCCACCGCCGGCGCCCGCUCCGCCGCAGCGAAGCUCGCGGUCGCCAGCGCCGUCCCCCGGGACCUCGCCUCCAGCACCAAGGUGGUGCGCAAGUGCCUGGACUACGACGGCGACUCCACCCUCCCUGCUUCCGCAGCCUCCACGCCGCCGCUGGAGGACGGCCUCGCACCUCUGCUGGACCUGCCGGACCCUGAAGUCUCCGGCGACUCCUCGUCCUCCAUCAUCUUCUCUGCUCCGGAUGACGCGGUCAUAGCUUCCGCCGACUCCUCCGUCACCGAGCGACGCACCCCUUCCGGAGCAAAUCAAGCUCGUCAUGUCCUCAGCCCGCGCUCCAAGCGCCUCCUCACGGCGCUCGCCGAGGCCGCUAACGCCGAGCUCACCCCCACGACGACCGCCGCCCGCCGCCUCCGUCGCGCCACUUUCUGGGGCAAGGUGCGCGUGGCGGUCCUCGCCGCGACGGUCACCACCGUGGCCGCCAUCGACGUCGCGCUCGCCGCCUACCUCUACGCGCGCCGCGUCAACGACCGGUACCACGUCAUGCCCCCCACCUGA